GAAACUUAAGGGGGCAGGUUCGGAUCAUGCGCAGUGGGCGCUGCUCACCGCAGCCUGCAGCUCGCAGACAGGCUGAAAAAAUAAGUCCCACCUAAUGGAGAGAAAGGAAUCAAACUUUUUUUUUUUUCCUCGGUUUUCAUCCAAUCCUUAAACCAGCGACUUCAUGCGCAUCACGGCUGCCAAUCUAAAGGUGGAGGUGAUGAGAAAUACAUGUGAAAACUGAGGAAGUAAAAGAAGGAGAAACAGAAUCAUGGCAGAACACCUUGAAAAGUCACCUAUAAACUGGACUGAGAUUGAUGUAAGUGCCUGGCUAAGCUCAAUUGGAGUGAAGGAGCAGUACAUAAAGAAGCUUCAUGAAGAGGAAGUAGAUGGACGAACACUCCUUGCACUGACUGAGGACUUUUUAAAAACACAGAUUUGCAUGAAAUCAGGGCCUGCUCAUUUGAUUAUUCAAGAAAGAGACUCAAUGCUUAAUUCUCAGAGGAACAAACAGCCCACUACUGGCAAAAGCUCUGAGUUGAAGCAAAAGAAAUCAGUUAAAGGUCUUCAAACAACAGAGGAAAGUUCUGAAGUUACUGUGAGAGACAAAGACGCUUCUAAAGAGAGACAAGCUGUUUGGAAAGAAUGUGGGUCGUCUUCAAAGGAGGACUGCAAACCAAGACCGUUUGAUGAAGAAGGGAUUGAUUUUAUCUAUGUAAAGCACAGAGUGCUCCAACCUGAAUCAGGGGCUUUCAAUUUGACAUCUCCUUGCCAUGAAUAUAAGUCUUUUGCAUUAGCUGCUACACUGGACCGCACAAGACUCCAAGCAAAGUUCGCCAGGGAAGUUUUUAAAUUUGCAAUCGGUUGCAUGAAUGUCAGAUCAAAUGGCACAAUACACUUUGGUGUGAUGGACAGCAAGGAGAAUGAAGGAUAUGUUCAUGGUGAGAUAAUUGGGAUCCCUGUAAAAGAAAAGGACAUUUAUGUAGACUCUUUGGACCUCAGUGAAAGAAGCUUCCGCUCUGACAAGGAUCAGGUACUCCAGUGUGUGCGGCCACCAAGGUUCAUUGAGGUUAUGGAUCGAGAAAGUACAGAAAAGAGGUAUGUGGUGGAGGUAGACAUUGUGCCUUUAUUAAGCAUUGUAAAGAAUAAGGUGUAUGCAGUGCGUCUGCCAAAUUUCAAAGAGGCAACUAACAAAUUAGAGUUUGAGAAAGAAGUGAUUGUACGAAGAGUUGGCUCGAAGACUGAAUCAGUUAGUGACAAAGACGUGGGAGAUUUCUACCAGAGAGUCAAGGAUCGUGAUGCUCAAAGAGAUGAAGCAGAGAAAAAACAGUUCCUCAUUGCUCCAGAGAUCUGCCAAGAUCUUGGAAGAAAGCUCACAAUGCUCCUGACCAAUGGAAAGAAAUUCAUUGCAAAGGACAAAUGGUUCAUACUAGUCACAAACAAAUUCAAAUCCAACGACCUCAGUAACAUCGACUGGCUACUCAACAUGAAUGUGUUCUGUGUCUUUGACUUUGAUCCAGAUUCAAAGAUAUCAGGUCUGUGCUGUAAGUACCUUGAGCACCAUACUGCAAACAUGCAUUUUCUACAGAGCUACAGGCUGCCUGCUGGUAUGAGCAUAAAGGAAUUCACAAACCACCUGCAUCUGUUCGAGCAGACUAGCUGGAUAUUUUGCAAUGGCCGCUCUGAUUUCAAAGGGAAUGAAACAUCAUGUGAUGAAAUGACCUGGAUUAAGAUGAAAAUGACUUUCCUGCGGGAAUCUGUGUCUCUGAUCUGCAAACAAAUCCUCCCAGAAGGGACAUUUCAAGUAAUUUUUCUGCUAACCUCUCCUGUAGAGAAGCCACUCCUGCACACCUUUUAUGAGUUUUUCACAGACAUGGAAGGUCAUGAGGACAUAAUCUGCAUCUGUGAAUCAGAGACAAACUACCAGAAGUGGCAAAGCUUUGCAGAGGGCUCCUGUGGAAAAGAAGCUGUUAACAAUUCGAGCAUUGUUGGGAUGAAGAUGAGUCACAUUAAUGCAACCCUGCAGCACGUACAACCCGUCAAAGCACAUGUCAGGAAACACCUGCCAGUCUUUGUGAAAGGGACAUGUCUUCUUGAAACACAGAUAGAAGAACAAAUGUACUCUCUGGAAAUUCUCACCGUGAACCACUGUGAUGAAAGCACCAAAGAAUUCAUCAACGAGGAGAAAGAAAACAUUGAACGACAGUUUUACCGAGGCGGGAGAGUCACCUGGCUCAAUUUCUGGCUCGCUGAGCACAAAUAUGUCGAAGAGGUAAUUGAAAGAGAUGCAUACCAUGAGACGUCCCGACUUCUUAAUGAUGCUUUGAAAUACAAUAUCGAUCAGACUCCAGUAAACUGUAUAAACAUUUACCAUCACCCAGGAAGUGGUGGAAGUACUGUGGCAAGACAGGUGUUGUGGCACUACAGGAAGGAUCUGAGAUGUGCAGUUGUAAAGCCUUACCCAACCUCUCUUGUUGCUCAACAUGCCGUAGAGUUAAGAGAAUAUGAAGAAAAAGAUCCCCAGAAGUGCCUCCCAGUGCUGCUCCUUCUUGAAGACACAGACAAGGAAUAUCUAGGUGAUCUGAGGAAUGAACUGGAGGUUGCUGUAAACAUCAAACGAAUCCAGUACGGAACCCUUUGUUUCAUUUUGUUAAACUGCAGACGUUCCCAUGAUCCAGAGAAGAGAUGCAAAGAGUCUCCGUUACAGAACGUGUCUGUAACCCACAAGCUGUCCGAUCAAGAGAAGAGAAAGUUCGCUGGAAAACGGCAAGCUCUCGAGGAACGCUUUGCACCUCAGUUUAUUUUAACAUUUGUUUUGAUGAGUGAAGGAUUCUCCCAAGAUUACAUUCAAGACUUUGUGAAACACUUACUCCAGGAUAUUGACCAAAAAUCCAUCGUGACUCGCCUGAUUCAUUACGUUGCUUUGCUGAACACGUAUGUUCAAAACUCUUUUAUCUCUCAGUCUCAUUGUGAAGCUUUACUCGCUUUGACGGUCCACUUGGAGAGGUUCCGCCAGCAUGCGUUUGAGAGUUUACUCAGUGAUCAGGCUAAGCUGGUCUUCCUGCACCUUAGAGACGAAAAGACACACAUUGAAUCAAUCAGGAUCAUCCACCCCCUUGUGGCAAAGGAAAUUCUGCAACAACUUCUUGGAGGCAAACAGACCCAAAGCAGAUUGGCAAUGAAUUUUCUCUGCGAGAAUGUGCUUUUUGAGCACCGAUUUGGAAGAGAGGAGUAUUUGUCAUUUUUGAGACAGCUCUUCCUAAGGCGAUCCAGAAUAAGUAAAGGUGAUAAAUAUGACAGUUUCUUCUCUCCCCUUAUUGAGCAUGUAUGUAACAAUGAGGAAAACCCCAACGAAGCAAUUGAGCUGUUAAAGGAAGCAUUUGAGCGUUUUCAUCAAGAUCCGUUCUUUGCACAGCAGCUUGCUCGUCUUCAUUACACCUACGAGAAGUUUGAAGAGGCAAAACACUGGGCAGAGACAGCAGCCAAGAAGCGGCCCAAUGACUCGUACAUACUAGACACAAAAGGGCAGGUGUACAGAAAAUGGUUUCAAGCAAAAUGCAAAGCAAUGGAAAAUGAGAGCACACUGAAGACUGCCCAAAAUACAAUGGAUGCUGUGGAGACCGCUCUGAAAGCCCUUGAUUGCUUUCAAGAAUGUGAGAGGGCAGCCAGUGCAGACAUGGAAAAUGUUAACAGCUCUGGGUUUUUUGCUGAGGUCGAGGUUGGAUGCAGCCUUCUCAAACUAAUCUCUUCACUUCAAGUGUUUGCAAACCGAACCAACGGCCACGCAGAAUGUAUGAAGUACCUGCUAACAGACUACAUCCCAGAGGAACUCGACCGUGCCUGGGAGCCGUUUCAUGACCGUUUGAAGAACCUUCACCAGACCAUGCAAGAUGCCCUUGAAUGGAUUUCAGAAGACCUCAGCUACUUCCAGACAGAUAUUGGAGACGAAGAGGAGACAUCUGAAAGUCCUGAGGAAAAAAUAAGUCAUCCACUCACAUGGCUGGCAAAGAAAUCUGCUGAGUAUGGAAAGUACUUUAGUGAAGCAGAUUCUGUUGUGCUUCUGCAAAAAGGCCAGACACUCGAAAACAAACUUACUCCUUUUAAAAAACGCAUGAUAAUCUAUCAUCUUGGUGGAGGGAACAUAAUAUCCAUACUCUCCAAACUAUCUGACCAAAAGGAUGCAGUACGCCGUUUGGAGCAUAUCCUCACUUUCUACCCUACCAACCCAUUGAAGGCCAAAUUUACUCAAAUGGAUAUUGUAAAUUACAUAGCAGCACAUAUUUCCUUAAACUGCCUGUCCCCUCAGCCACAGAAGGCAGAUCCUCUGAAAGAGCUACAGGCUCUUUGUCGCCAGUUUCCUUCGGAUAAAAGGAAAUGUUUGCCAAGUGCCUUGUUCUUGCUUACCAUACUUUUCUGGCCCGAGGAUCAUGAUACAAACCAAGAGAGAGAAAGCAAAUAUGAAAUUGUGCAGUCAGCUGUUGAGCACCUUGAAAAAGACUACUGGACAAAGAUGAAAGAUAUUCCUCAGCGGAAAAGAAGGAUCUACACCCAUUUUUUCCUGGGAAACGGGAAUGGGCUGGACAAAUUUGUCCACAAGAGAAAGUUUGACAAAACGACAAAGUGGUUCUCAGUCUCUGAGAAGCGCCUGAAGUGGUUCAGCGGUGAGGCAUGGAAAAGUCCUGAGAUUGCCAGCAUGCUGAAACGUGUGUCUGGAUGGACUGAGGAUAGGGUGGUGUACCUUGAGGGUCCCCAGAAAAAGAAGUUUAAUAUCCUGCCACUUUUUGUGCCUUCAGUGCCUCAUGGGAAUGAAAACAUCACCUUCUACCUGGGUUUCACCUUUAGAGGUCCUGUUGCAUGCAACAUUCUUGUCAAAAAAUAGUUUGACAAUCACAUAAGUAUUGUUUUAGAAAAAGCUAAUCCCACAAAACAACCUCAGAUAAUGCUAUUAAUUGAGAACUGCAUUGUUGUUUAAGUGGUAAGAUUAUUUAAUAUUCACAUUUUGCGCUAUUUGUUCUUUUUUCUAUUUCUCAAUGUGUUUAAAAUAUAUAAAAUUUCAUAGAAAAUGUUGACCAACUAUUGUCUGCUGUUUUGUCAUUUUAAUAUAUCAAUAAUGUGUUUGUGAGCUGAAGAACAAUGCUUUCCAUGGUAGAAUUUAAAAAAUCCAAUAUGCUUUACAGAAACUUUGAAAGACCUAAUUUUGCUAAAGGAAAUCUGCAAACCAGUUAGUGGGCCUUGGCUUAGUUUCAUAUUAAAUUGUGUUUUUUUUUUUUUUUAAUCAAGGAAACAUUGGAGGCUGUAAAGAUCCAUGUUGUUAAAAUGCCUAUGUAUAACAUAUAUUUCCAUGUAAUAAAAAUGUUCUUUUUAACUAAAA